AUGACAUCUAACAUUAAUCCAUCCGCAACUUCUUUUUCCAUUUCGGUUAAUAAGGGGAAAUCCCCACCAAAAAGAUCUCAUUCCCCCGACACACAUCAACCCUCACGUCAACAAUCAAGAAAUCAUCGUAGAAGGCACACCUUACCUUCAAAAUUUCACCAUCAUCCAAACACCACUAAUAAUCCCCCAUAUUCAAAGCAUGCCCAUCAUUACGAGAUGGGGGAUUCAAUUGACACCACCUCGUUAAAUCAAGGAAUCGUGUUUUAUCAAGAUUCAGAUAAUGGGGAAGUAGAUUAUUAUUGGGAUCAUGACAACGAAUCGGAAAUUUGUUCUCCUUCGUUAAUGCCCGGGAAUUCCGAAAUAAUUGCGUACGAUAAGGUUUCCGGAGAUUCCUCCGAUCUUGAAGAAAAGUACUUUAAGAUCAUGGCCAGGGAAUUGAGUAGGCAACAAACCGCCGAACCAACAGAAGAUAUGGACGUAGAUAACACCUCACCUCCCAAGGAUGAUGAACAAGACGUGAAUGACAUGAUUAAAGAAAUGAACGAGUUAUUAAAGAACAACGAUCUAGGAUCGAAAGAGGCCCGUUCACCGCCUUCGCCGACGUCACCACGUGACCCGGAAAGAGGAGAUCCGGUGUUAAGCGAAGAGGAAGAGAAUGCAGAAGGAGCCGUCCACAUGCCCGAGCAUGACCCGGAAUUUCAGGAUGAGGCUGGUUUGGGAAGUCGCAUUUUGUGCGGAUGA